AUGGAGAACGUCUCUUUGCACACACAUUUUACCCUGGAUGGCUUUAGUGAACUCGGAGAGCUGAGGCCGUUCCUCUUCAUCCCGUUCUCCUUCAUGUUUGUUGUGUCACUGUUUGCUAACUCCCUGCUGGUGUACGUGAUCGUUUCACAGAGAAGCCUCCACUCGCCGAUGUACAUCCUCAUUGCCAGCAUGGCGUGCAUUGACCUCAGCCUCCCUGUAUUCUUUGUUCCCCACAUGCUGCUGAGCUUCCUGUUUGACUGGAGGGGGAUCUCUCUCAUCGGCUGCCUUGUUCAGAUGCACUUAAUCCACUUUUUUGGAACUUUUCAGUCCACUCUGCUGGUAUGGAUGGCUCUGGAUCGCUACUUUGCCAUCUGCACACCCCUUUACUACCACAAUCACAUGAUCUUAUCGAGAUUCAUUGCAUUUUUAAUACCACUUGUUGUCAGAAAUGUUCUCAUGAUCACACUCCUUGUAUGUCUGGCUGGAAAAUUGCCAUUCUGUUUGAGAAAUGUGAUAAACCACUGUUUCUGUGAGCACAUGGCCUUGGUGGAGCUGGCCUGUGGAAGCACCACCAUCAAUAACCUCGUGGGUUUGAUGGCCGUGUUUCUCAUUCCUGUUCUUGACUUUGUCUUCAUCACUGCCUCCUAUGUGGUGAUAUUCAGCUCUGUGCUGAAGUCCAGCAGGUCAGGUGUAAAAGCACUUCACACCUGCAUCACUCACAUCAUGGUCAUCACAGUCAGCCUCAUUCUGGCUCUGACUGCUUUCCUGUCAUAUCGGAUCAGAAACGGCCUCCCUGCAGCCAGUCGAGUUUUCUUCAGCACCAUGUACCUGCUUUUUCCAAGCUGUUUCAACCCAGUUGUCUACGGCAUCAGGACCAAUGAGAUCCGACAGCACAUCCUCAAGAGACUGACUUGCUGUCACAUUUGCCAAAUGGGCCCAGUUACUAACAAAUGA